GAUCUCCACCUCCUCUCCACUCCAAGUAUGCCCUAAUUCCCUUUCUCGGUUCAUCUCUGUCGGCUCGCCGGAACCCUCCUUUCGACCACUCCGCUCCACCUCUUGCUGUCAACAAUUAUUUCUACUUAGUAAGCUACCUCAUUUUCCACCCCUUUCUACUAAUUACUAUUCUGUUUAUUUGCAGGCCUUACAGUCUCCCUCUGCUUAUAUGACUGCUGUUGUAUGAAUAUUGGGCGUUGAAUCUCUGGUAACCAAGAGGGCUUUAGACUGCAUCCGAUACUUUUGGUGUCCGUCCUAGCCUGCGGAUUCGUUAAUCUGGCCUGUCGGCUGAGCCGGACUCUUAUCCGCCCAUGACCAUGAGUGCUGACUGCUGAGCCCAUUACACGGAUGCUAAUCUGGCUCCGCCCCCCAGAUGUGCGCGGCGUCGCGGGCGACCCUCGCCCUUCGCGUCCUCUGUCACCGCCAAUCCCCUUCCUCCGCUUCUACUCUGCUGUCUUCCCGAUCCCGAUUGCUUUCGCCGCUUUCCCGUCAUUUUUUUCUCCUCCUCCACAUGGAAUCUUCCUCUUCCUCUUCUUCUUUCCAUUCCAAACCCUUCUCUUCUGCUUCGGCCUCCGCCUCCUAUUCCUCCCGAAGAAGCGGGAGGGGAAGGGGAAGGGAGUCCGGCAUGAGGGAAGAUAGGAAUCGUGGGGGAGGAAGUGGCGGUGAUGCAGAAAGCGAGAGGAUUGAUGCUCUUGGCCGGCUUCUGACGAGGAUCUUGCGCCAUAUGGCCUCUGAGCUGAACCUAGAUAUGAGAAGUGAUGGUUAUGUUCGAGUUCGUGAUUUAUUGAAACUGAACAUGACAACUUAUGCCAAAGUUCCAUUGAGAUCCCACACAGUUGAAGAAAUCAAGAAGGCAGUGAAGAGGGAUAAUAAGCAACGCUUUAGUCUAUCGGAGGAAGAUGGAGAGUUGCUGAUCCGAGCAAACCAGGGCCACACAGUAAAGACUGUUACCUCUGAAAGCCUGUUGAAGCCCAUCCUGUCAGCUGAUGAAGUCCAAGUUUGUGUGCAUGGAACGUACAAGAGAAAUUUGGAGUCGAUCUUGCAAUCUGGACUGAAGCGUAUGACAAGGUUACAUGUACAUUUCUCAAGUGCCUUGCCCACAGAUGAGAAAGUAAUUAGUGGCAUGCGUAAGGAUGUCAACAUCUUAAUCUAUUUGGAUGUUAGAAAGGCAUUACAAGAUGGAAUGCAGCUCUACAUUUCUGACAACAAGGUGAUUUUGACUGAGGGUUUUGAUGGUAUUGUGCCUGUCAAAUACUUUGAGAAGAUCGAAACUUGGCCAAGAAGAGAAUUAGUACCUUUUGAAAGAUAGGAUGAUCAAGUUCCUUAGCAUUUGCUCUCUCUCUCUCUCUCUCUCUCUCUCUCUCUCUCUCUCUCUCUCUCUGUUUUUUUUUUAAAAAAAAAAAAUUUGCUAGACAUGUCACUUCUUGAGCAUUGCAAGUUGAGCAUUGCAAGUUAUCUCUGGAAAGAGAAACUACAUUUGUUUACCAGCAUCUCAGCGGGGAGCAUUUGUUGUAGGGCAAUGUGCGCCAUUCCUCUCCAACCUUUACUCAAGUUUAACUUUGGCAUCCAAUCAUUUAAGUAUGUGAUUGGGCUCCUAAAGUCUAUUUGUUGUUCCACACAAUUCUCUUCCAUCAAAAAGCCUGUUCGCUGCUGAACUGAUAAUACACAUGGAAAUUGCUGCCUGAACCAUUAAUACUGGAUGGAAAUUGCUGUUGGAUAUCCAUUUGUCCUAAUUGGAUAUUUAUUAGUGCUGACAUGACAAUUCCAUCCAAGUUAGCAGGGAUUUUUGAUGGAAUGGUGUAUAUUGAAGCAACAAAAUAGACAUUAUAGAGAGCGAUUUGUACAAAUUACCUUUCUUUUACAAAUACCUAGGGAAGUAAUCUAAAUUAUUUUAGUGUAUUAUUAUAUGGACAUCAAUUACUUUUGAUUAUCAAUUUGUGCUGUUUGAUCAAUCAAACUAUUUAUCACUUAGGAAGCUACAA